AUGAGUGGCUAUCGAUCAUUCACACACACGGAACUCCUAUCGAAGAUCGCAAAGAGACCAUCAUUCAAGGACGACUUUGAGGUCUUGCUGAGCAUCAUCGAUGUCGUCCUCACAACGGAGCACUUACUACCCUGGAUUCUCGUAGGCUACGUAAAUCUUCCGCUUAAGAAACGAAAGCGCCUGUGGGCCAAAUUCGAAGAACCAGUCGCGGAUGAGUCAGGGCACGGGAAUGACCGCGACUUCAAACUCAGAUUCUGCUUGACCGACGGGACGACGCAUCCUGUCAAGAGGUUGAGUGAUAUCGAAGUUGAGGGAACCUUCACAGCACUUCUAUGGUCGGCCAUGGGACAGCUUUGCGCGAUAUCACUUUUCUCUCUUCUCGAGAAGAGGCAUCCAACCCCCUUCUCUUUCAUCCCGCGCUUCGUUCGAGAUUUCGAGGACGCCUGCUCUCACAUCGCAAGCGGCGGAAGGCUGAGGACGCCGGCCUUGUCCAGGUCCUCAGCCCUUUCAUCUUCCACGCAUGAGGACUCCGAGGGAGAGCAAAAUGCUUCAGAGUCUGUACCAUCUCAGCUGCCCAGUCCAGGUAGUCAAAUGCGCGACAGAUACCCGCAUUCGUCGUCGAGUUCCGAUGAAGGAAGCGAUGAUAGCGAGAGUGAAGAGAGUGUGAGCGAAGCUGAUGCGGAGCUUGAAGAAGAAUAUCCAAGUCAGUCUGAACGCAUCUUUUUGCUGUGA